AUGUCUCCUACAGCAACCUGCAAUAAUUUUCUGUUUGAAGUUCUUUAUCAGAAUUGCCACCACCUGUCACAGCCUUUACAGGGUAAGCAUGACAAAGUAAAUCAGCAGAUCGAGCAUGUCUUCAGCGUUCAUGUAUAUGGCCAUAAUGUUGAGGAUGACUGUAAUAAAUAUACAUGGAGUUGUCCAGAAAUUCCAAGCACUAUUGCUGAUUCAGCAGCGUUUGUGGGGCAUGUUUUUAGCUUCCAGGGCUUCCAGAAAUACAAGAAGCUAGGAGAAGGGUGCUCACACUUCAUAAAAAGUCCUGCUGAUAUCAGCCCAACUACUACAAACCUGGAGUUUUGCAGCAACCCGCGCCUUGCGCGGAGCCCGAAGCAGCCUAGGAUCCGCCUUCUCCGCAGUAGCAGCUGGAGCAGCGACAGAGGCGGCCGCGCGGGUGGCCCGAGCACAGACACAGGCGGCCGCAGCUCCGGGGCCGCCGCUGCCCCGGUUGCCAUGAGUUGUGCGGAGGUGAUGCAUCACCCCCAGCCGUAUGGAGCGCCCCAGUAUCUGCCCAACCCCGUGGCUGCUGCAACCUGCCCCACAGCCUGCUACCACCCGGCCCACCAACCUGGCCAGCAGAAAAAGUUAGCGGGAUACAGCAAGAUGCAGGACUCUCUGGAAGUCACCCUUCCCAGCAAACAAGAGGAGGAGGAGGAGGAGGAUGAGGAGGAGGAGGAGGAGGAGAAAGACCAGCCUGCCGAGAUGGAGUACCUUAACUCUCGCUGUGUCCUUUUCACUUAUUUCCAGGGAGACAUUGGGUCAGUAGUGGAUGAACACUUCUCAAGAGCUUUGGGCCAAGCCAGCACCCUCCAUCCAGAAUCUGCCAUUUCAAAAAGCAAGAUGGGGCUAACCCCACUAUGGCGAGACAGUUCAGCUCUCUCAAGCCAACGGAAUAGUUUCCCAACUUCCUUUUGGACCAGCUCUUACCAGACCCCACCUGCACCUUGUUUGGGGGGAGUUCAUCCUGACUUCCAAGUCACUGCACCCCCUGGCACCUUUACUGCAGCUGACCCCAGCCCCUGGCCAGGACAUGGCCUCCAUCAGACUGGUCCAGCCCCUCCCCCUGCAGUAUCUGAGUCCUGGCACUACCCUUUGGCAUCUCAGGUGAGCCCGUCCUACAGCCACAUGCAUGAUGUGUACAUGCGACACCAUCAUCCCCAUGCCCACAUGCACCACCGCCACCAUCACCAUCACCACCACCACCACCCUUCUGCUGGCUCUGCCCUGGAUCAAUCCUAUGGACCCCUGCUGAUGCCUUCAGUGCGUACAGCCAGGAUUCCUGCUCCCCAGUGUGACAUCACAAAGACAGAUCCGACUACAGUCACCACUGCUACCUCAGCGUGGGCCGGAGCCUUUCACGGAACUGUGGAUAUAGUGCCCAGUGUGGGGUUUGAUACAGGUGAGUUGCGGCUUUCUCCUUUCCAUCGAAAAGAGGAAAAGUUAAUACAAAGAUACAACUAUCGUAGAAUGUCUUCAUCAAUUUGA